CAAGUGGUCUCCACAUGUAGAAUCACUACGAAAUCUUUCUAGAAGUGUCUUCCUCCGUGUCCGUUGGAAUUGGAGUCAGAGUGAUUACAGUUGAGGCGUGUAGCCUCCUCGCUAAGUUAGUAUCAUCCGCCUCAAUACAACCCGUGGCAGCGACAGGGGCUCAUCGGAAGCUGAGUUGUGUUCAAGAUGGGCCAAAGCGUGGCGACUCAGUUUCUGUUCCCCCGGGUGGACAGCGGGCGGGUGCCUUCCACCGGGCUGGAGCUGACCCCGUGGGGCACACCGGUGCUGUAUUUGGACUACGCGAAAUACUACAACCCGGCGGAGUACCACCUGGCCGAGCAGCAGGAGACCCCGAAACCCCCGGAUUCCGGGUUUUACGUACCCGGUUCGGUGUUCCACGAUUGCAGCGGUAGCUACCGGCGCCGGUGCGUCAUCUACAUGCACGCAAACGGGGAGGACCUGGGGCAGGUGGAGGUCCUCGGUCACCGGCUGAUGCGAAGUCUUGGCGUUUCUGUCUGCAUGGUGGAAUACCCCGGGUAUGGCAUCUUCAAACGGUACUGCAACUGCACCGAGGAGGAGUUCCUGGAACGAAUGGAACUGCUUAAACGGGACAGGGAAGUACUGCAAGAGGAUGCUCGUGAACUCGGCCUGGUGUCUUCCUCUUCCCCUAUAUCCACCUCGCGUCGCAGCCGAGCGGAGCAAGACAUCAAAAAAUUACGGGUCAAGGGCAGCAGUCAGGGAUCACCAGGGGAACACGAAGCAAAUGCUUCACCAUUUGAGCGCAUUUUCGAUAACGAGCAUUACGAACAAGCUCUGCUAGAGGAAAAUAAGCAGCAUGUUGAUCUUCAUGAAGGCAGCACAAUGGCCGCGCAGCGACAGGCUGCGAUGAAAGAGUUUUUCUCCGCAUCGAGCUCCUCCUCGAGCAGCUUCACGUUGCAGAAAGAUGGCACAGGCGGAAGUAGCAGCUCCCCUACGCCUUCUCAAGGGCGUAAAAGCAUCCUCUUUCCUGACGAUGAGAUUCGAGAGGAAGAUAUUAUUCGUCCGGAGACAGGGCCAGGUGGCUGGGGUGGCGUGGAUCCUUCUCUCGCAAAAAUGGUGCCCCCCGCGAAAACAAGAACUCGACAGGAGCAAAAGGAUGACGAACGGCGACGGCGAUUGAAAGAAGAGCCUGCAACAGCAACUACCUUCUCGUCAGAGCAUCUUCGGCAGCAACCGCGACCGCAGCCGUCAUUUCGUUACGGAGUCGUAGACGACACGCCCACCCCGACACCAGCGGUGCGAACGACCGGCACAAAGCCCCCGAUCUCCGUAUUUUCGCAAGCGGAGCUCGACCUGCAGUUGCGCGAGUCCGUGAAUUCGAACAAUGUGUUCGGCUUCUUCCAGGAGGUAGAAACCAGUAGCGCCGCAGGCACCGUGACGCCCGGUGGGGGAGGUGGGACAAGUUCCGCGGCCGCCUCAACUGCUGGCCCCACUCCGGGUGCAGCUGCACAAGGAAAGUAUCCUGUCAUUUAUGGUCGCGAAAUCGAGAGAGUGCGACGGGAAUACAUGCUGCGGCAGUACCUAAUGGAGUGCGGCGCGAUCUCAAAAUCCAGCGUGGAAGCAGGCCAACUAGGGCAGAGUGCAGCUGCUGCAAGUGGCGACCAGAUCAAUUUUUCCACUACAGGCACAAGCACGUCCGCGUCAUCAUCCUCAGGAAAUCGAGCUGACAGUUUACCGCUUCUUCAUUGUUCGUGCACUGUUGUGGACGCGGUGGUCUAUGCGGCGUACGAAUACGUGAAGCGAGUCAAGCAAUUCACCAAAAAUAGCGACGUAAUUCUCUACGGACGCAGCAUCGGCACUGGGCCAGCGUCGCGGCUGGCGGGCCUUUACGGUUCGGGACAGGAUCCGUUCCACGCGGUAUUCGCGAUGUUUGUGAUGCUGAUAUGCAAGUUGCAGUUGCUCCCUGUUGAUGCUGAAUCGCUUUCCGCUCGGGCUUUCCAUUGAGCCUUGACGUGUUGCUUACACAGCAGAAGGCUAAUCAAAAUGCAUGGCACGACGCAGGUGAUUCUCCAGUCGCCGUUCUACUCGGUCGAAACCGCUGCCGCUGGGUUUCCCUUUGGGGGCAUGAUAUCUUUCGACGACACACACUGGGACAACGCGAAGAGCCUUCAAGCUUGUCGAGACCAAGUUCCCGUCUGCAUUCUGCACGGAGAUGAGGAUGAUGUGAUCGACAUAUCGCAGAACGCAGGACGGCUGUACAAGGAGCUUCGUCCUCCCGUAGACGAUGACGCAGAGCAGGACGACCGGUGGCUGCGGUCGAGGAGCAAAAGAAAAUCCGAACGAGACGCAAAAAUGACGAGCUUCAAGAAAAUCUUGGGGAAGAAGCAUAACGACGUCGAGUGGAUGGUACCAUAUAAAAAGAUCAUUCGGAACUGUGUAAGCCUCCCUAGGCAUGUUUUAUAAAUCUUCCGAUGGAUGAUCAUGCACAAAGAUUUUUGAUGUAUCAGGCAUUCGCAUGAAACAAAACUAUCAAAACAAGGUCGAUGUGCUCCCCGCGCUCAAUAAAUUUUUGCGGCGCAAGCGGCCGCACGAAUAUCAGAGGGAUAAAGUUGUUCGACCAAGUCCUAGCGGCGCAGCGCCGGCCGAAUACCUAAAUUACCGCCUCACCCCACCGUCGCACUCUCGGCCUCGGAAACCCUCACAAAUUGAAGACGAAGAGGAAGUACUGGACGAUAACCUCGAUGAAGCGCACACUACUUCAGCGACGGAUAGACAUCCGCGUCCGAUCGGCAGGCUUGAAGUGGUACCCCGACCCGGCCCCGUCCCUAAGUCGCAAAUCAAUGCAAACGCUUCUACUUACCAGCCGAUCCGCGCAAGCUUGCCUACCGGAUUUAGUCCGCCCGGGAGCGCGGCAACGUACUCGAGUCUUGCAAUUAUAUUUUCGCUAAAUAUAGUACCUGGCUGAUGAAGCGGGAGGCCAGCUCGCCAAUUGAAUAAAUUCUCUAGCGAGCGCGCCGAUAAAAAGAGAAAAUCUGAAAACGGAAAUCACAACAUCCACAGUUCCGCCGCUCGCAAGAACCGGUCGUCUCCGCCGCGUGCCACUGCUGCUUCUGAUGCAGUGUCGGGCUAUAACGCUUCCGGGUUCACGAUCGUGACUACAUCCCAGCCACACGAUCGCCGAAGCAACAAGCCUCGCUCAGGCGGGCAGACGAGCCACCUGAUUCGUGACCUCCUUCCUGAAGAGCAGCGCUUGCACGAAGAAGACGCGCAGUUUUUGCGUGCGCCAUCUUCGCCGACACAGAACCAGGACCAGGUUGCUAGGUUGAACCGUGUCCCGACGCCUGAGUUGCUGGUGCCUAGGCUAGGCUCUGAAUCACCGCCUUCUCCAUAUAACGGCGUCUCCGGCCUUGGCCAGGAAGAGCUCCUGGGGUAAGUUCUAGGUGCGCAUCAUGUUUCCACUCAGCGCGCGCGAGGUCCUUCCAAAUGAACAAGUCCCACCUAGCUGUAGCUGUCGAAUAAAUGUACGUUCAUUUACACUGAGAUGGGAGUACCAGAACUUUCCACCCAGAACUACAAAGCAAUUUUUGAACCUCUAAUGUAAUGAGUGAAAGCCUUGGCAGCUUCUGUAGAAUAUGUUCCUUGAGCUGAUUGAUAGCUUGACCUGUGCUGGUGUAUACACUGGACGCUGUCCGUUGUGUCACCCAUGUAACAAAAGGCGCAAUAGUUUUUUCAGUCCUACUUCUUCAUGAUGCUGAUGUAAGAUUGGUUUCACAGAAAUGACAAAGAGCAAUUUUGUCGACCGGCAGUUUCGGCUGGCAGUGUCAGCGUACUGCUCUCGACAACUUGCACAGAAGAACGAAGCCGCCAAAGUAGACACAUUUUCGGACGGAAGUGCUCCAGUCCACCUGCACUGCAGCCAGGAGAUGAACAAGUGCGGGCCUACUUUUCAGUGUUAGUUUGUGUCUUCGCCUUCACAUUGGCGACAGCAGGAGCGCACUGUUUUUGAAUUUCUUUGCAUUGCAACAUAGAUGUGAUGACU